ACACAAGUUUUUGCCAUAUUAAUUUAUCUCCUCCAAUUUUUCCCAUUUCAGUCAAUUUUCCCUCCAAUCAAAGAUUGUUGGUCGACCUUUUAGCACAUAAUAAGGUGAAACCAUCGCUAUUGUUGACCCAAGAGAACAAUGGAAGGAGAAAUCAACAAUUUCAUUAUGGUAUGGACUACUGUAUUGGCUUGUUUGUGUUACUGCCAUUUUAUUGGUAAUCUUUUCCCAAAACCCAAUUUUUCAAGACUUUCCGGCGUUCUUCCGGUGGCCGGUAUCUUCUUUCUUCUUCCUCUCAAUCUCACCUCUUCAAAUCUGGGCGGCGGCACCGCUUUCUUGAUAGGCUGGCUGGGGAGCUUCAAGCUUCUUCUUUUCGCGUUUGGGAGGGGCCCUUUGUGUUCUUCCCCGCCGCUGCCGCUCUCCAGAUUCGUGGCCUUAGCUUGCUUGCCGAUCAAGUUUCAAGAAUUUGAUGAGAGAUCGCCGGAGAAGAAAACCGGCAAGUCGCCGGCGAAUUAUUUGACGAAGAUGGUUUUGUUGGGAAUGCUGUUUCGUGUGUACACUUACGAGAAUGUUCCUCCCAAGCUUUUGAUGUUGUUUUACUGCUGUCAUAUCUAUUUCGUCUUGGAUCUAUCCUUGACAGCUAUAAGUGCUGCUGUCAAGGCAGUAGGGCCGGUUCUGAGCAAGGACGGGGUAGAGUUAGAGCCGCCAUUUGACGACCCGCAUUUGGCCACCUCGCUGCAGGAUUUCUGGGGGCGGAGGUGGAAUCUCAUGGUGACUAACAUCCUCCGCCCCGCCGUGUACGACCCGGUCCGGGUGGCGGCGGCCCGGAUCCUGCCGGAGAAGUGGUCGGCGCUCCCGGCGGUGGCGGCGACGUUUUUGGUCUCCGGGAUCAUGCAUGAGGUUGUGUUCUAUAAUAUUGGGAGGGUGAAGCCCAGCGGAGAAGUGAUGUGCUUCUUCCUCAUCCAUGGAGUUUGUUUGGCUAUGGAGAUUGGCGCCAAGAAAGCCAUUAAUGGCAGGUUUUGCCUGCCUGGAAUCGUCUCAGGGCCACUGUCUCUCUCCUUUGUCAUCCUCACCAGUUUUUGGCUUUUCUUUCCUCCAUUUUUGAGGAACAAACCAGAUGUGAAAGGAUGCCAAGAGGUUCUUGCCUUUAUCCAGUUUGUUAAGCAUAAAAAACUAGUUAGUCCAAGUAAUAUUACUUGUCCAUAUCUAUAGAGGAAGGCAUCUUGUGUGAGACGGUUUUAUGUGAGACAUCUUAUACUUUUUUGUUAAACUGUCAUAGAGUCAUACCAGGUUUAUUCAAAAGAUCAUUAUAAUCUUGAUUAUGGAAAGUUCACAAUGUUAAUGAA